UGCAGAGGUGAGGUGCAGAGGAGGUAGCUUUGCUUAAAACGUCUGGAAACAACGAUGAAGAGUAGCACGGUCAUGGUGAUCGUACUUCUCCAGACCGUUCUGGUCAUGGGAAUCCUAGCGGAGGUGAAUGCCCAGGGGUACUUCCCGAAGUGCUGCAACAAUUGCAGGUCCUUCUCGGGGGCCAUGUUCUGUGACGACGUGAUGUACAAGUGCCCUCCGACCUGUGCGUGGUGCCGCGCGGUGCAGGUGCGCCCUGUUAAGACGUUUAGGUGUGCCGACGGGAGAACUGCCGACGGCAGCUGCCAUCCGUGCAAGAAUCACUGAUCAAGAUAUGCUACGUGUGUGCAAGAAUCACUGAUCAAGAUAUGCUACGUCGUGCUUGUGCAAAUGGUGUACACUCGUGUCUGUCGAUGUUGUUGCUGUCGAGAAAUAAAGGUCGUUGCCUGCCGAUCAGCUAUCCCUUGGUGCAUGUACCUAGUGCAUCCAUGAAGAAACGCCUGUGUUUACUGUACGUCUCUUGUUAAAACCACAAAAUGUUCCAUUGCCCAA